AUGGUUAACCCAAGUAAAAAGGAUUGGAGCCUUCGUUUAGGUGAUGCCUUAUUGGCAUAUAGAACUGCAUAUAAAACUCCUUUAGGAAUGUCUCCAUUUAGACUUGUUUUUGGAAAUGCGUGUCACUUACCUGUGGAAAUCGAGCAUAAGUCUUAUUGGGCAAUGAAGCAAUGUAAUUUAGACUAUGAUCUUUCUGGAAAAGAAAGGAAAUUACAGUUACUUGAGUUGGAAGAAUUGAGGUUAGAGCCAUAUGAAAAUGCCAAAAUCUAUAAAGACAAGACCAAAGCCUUCCAUGAUAAAAACAUAGCUAGGAAAUCGUUUCAGGUUGGACAGAAAGUUCUUUUAUUUAACACUUGCUUGAAAUUAUUUCCAGGAAAAUUACAAACUAGAUGGCUUGGCCCCUUUGUUGUUACUAAUGUUUUUCCUCAUGGUGCAGUUGAAAUCAAAGAUUACAAUACUAACAAAACUUUCAAGGUUAAUGGUCACAGGUUAAAACCAUUUUAUGAUCAAGCUUAUGUGACUAUGAUUGAAGAAAUUUUAUUUGAACAAUCAUGA